AUGAGACGCUUCCAUGUAAUUAAAUUAUGCCAGCUGCUGCUGGCAUUGUUUCCCUUUAGUAUUACUGAAUGGGUGGAGAUAUCACAAAGCCAGACGAGACCUGUCGGCAACCAGGGAAGCACCAAGCAGCUGGGUAAGGAUAUUGAGGAAGUAUUCACAACACCCAGUGCCGUGUGGAUCGAGUAUCAGCGUGAACGGUUUGGACUUAGUCAGAGCAAUAGCAAUAGUCACAGUAAUCCCUUCAUAGUCAGCGAUGCGGGCGGCCUGAAGAACAGUGCACAAAUUGUGGUGCCAAAUAACAGUCAGGUGAUUCAUGCCAGGACCAAGUUGGUAGUGAACAAAAGCACAGAUAUGCCGCAAGUAGAUUUCGGUGUGGUGUUGCCCCCAAAAGUGGAAACCACAUCGCGACGUCAUUCAUCGUAUGUGGAGAGUGCUGAGGAUGCGGAUGCCGUUGUGGAAACUGCCACAGAACCAUCUGGGAGCGAUGCACAAGCUGAGGAUGAUGGGCAGCUACAAUUGCCCAGCAUGCAGGGUUUCUUAAAGUUUCUGAAAUCUAUGCAGAGCACAUGGAUAACGAAAUCAUCGCUUAAUUUACAAAAUAAAAUUCAAUUAUUAAAGCGAUUGCGCGACAAUUUGAUGAAAGUUAUUGAACAACAAUUCUCGGUACUGUGGCAACCAACGGAGCGGCACAGACGUCGAAGACGCGGCCUGCUGGAUGAAUCGAAUUUGGAAUUUCCACCAGAAGCUGCCCUUAUGAGCAUCAAUUUUCUCACAUUCGCAGUAUUUCUCAUUAAACUAGUGCUUCAAGUGGUGAAAAUCGUGAAGAGCAAACAUUACAACUUCUCUGGCUUUAAUAUCAACGCCGAAGCUGUUCGAAAUCCAUAGAAUCCAUAGGAGAAUUUUUCUGUAGCUGAAA